AAAGACGCGUGAUGUGUCAAUAGACGUUAGACAUGAGUUUGAUUGUUUUCCUAACUGUUUGCGUGCUAGCUGUCAGUGCGCUGCCCCUUGAGGAGCAAACGACGCGCAUUCAUGGUGAGAAUGGCUGGUACGUACCACAGGUGGGCGCUGACUCCAAGUGGAUGAGCAUGGAGGAGGCUGAAGGUCUAGUGGAGGCAUAUGAAACCCUCAAUACUAUCGAGAUCGCUCAGCGUUUGUCACUGAACACUGUUGACUUCUACCUGUACACGCAACGUAAUCCGACGGAGGGACAGCUCAUCCAGGCCACCAAGGCAUCCAUUGAUGCAUCCAAUUUUGAUGCCACCAAUCCGACUAGAUUUACCAUACACGGCUGGAACUCCAAUUACCAGGACGGUGUCAACAAGGGCGUGCGCGAUGCCUGGUUCCUGUCCGGCGACUACAAUAUGAUUGCUGUGGACUGGUCACGUGGUCGCUCGCUGGAGUAUGCCUCCUCCGUGGCAGCGGCGCCAGGAGCGGGUGCGAGAAUUGCUCUCCUGGUGGACUUUUUAGUCAUCGAGUACGGCAUGUCUUUGGAAACACUCGAAGUGGUGGGCUUCAGCCUGGGUGCUCAUGUGGCCGGCUUCACCGCCAAGCAGGUGUCCACUGGCAUCGUGCGAAAGGUGGUGGGCCUCGACCCCGCCUCGCCCCUGUACAGCUACGAGAAGCCAGAGAAGCGUUUGUCCAGCAAAGAUGCCUUUUACGUGGAGACCAUUCAGACGAGUGGUAUCACAGUGGGCUUCAGCAAGCCCAUCGGACGCGCUGCAUUCUAUCCGAAUGGCGGUAGAUACCAGCCAGGCUGUGGAAUCGAUUUAACCGGCACCUGUGCCCAUACACGCGCCGUGACGUACUACGUCGAAUCACUGCGCUUGAAUAACUUCCCAACCAUCAAGUGCUCGUCCUAUGAGCAGGCCCAAAACAAGGAUUGCGGCAGCACCUACAGCACCGUUAAGAUGGGUGAUAGCGAAAAUGAACUUACUGCCGUGGGCGACUUCUAUGUGCCUGUUAACUGGCAAUCGCCAUAUGGAUUGGGAGACGUCAAUAUUGAUGACACAACCACAACACAGCAGCCCACGACAAGAGGAGACAACAACAGCUACGCCCAGCGAGGAGACAACAAUAACUACGCCCAGCGAGGUGACAACAACAACUACGCCCAGCGAGGUGACAAACGACAGCUCCAGUGCCGCUACCCCUCCGGGAAUCGUAGCGACACCGACACCUGCUCCCGAAGGAGACAAAGACAACGGACGUAAGACGAACAUUUAUAUCCUGAAUUUAAUAUUCGUCAAUGCGACAAUUAACAAGUAAGAGGACUAAUCCACCCAGGAAUGGGCAGAGGCAAGGUCUUCUAAAUUCAUCAAUAAAGCGAGCAUGAAAUCAAACCAAA